AUGCCUCGUCGCAUCCGUCGGUGCUCUAUCACAAAGCCAUGUCCAGGUCUGCCCACAACGGACGCGAAAGUCGUGGUAGACCCUGAUGGAGACUUGCACCUUCGCGUCGGAACCACGGAAUGUAUCGGCUCCGAUGAUGGCCAUGGACAUCGGACGGCUACUGUAUUCGUAUGCGAAUCAAAGACGCUUUCUAGGGCGUCAACAAUCUGGAAAUCAAUGUUGUACGGGCCUUGGGGGGAGUCACGCGGUUCAAGCAACCCAGGUCAAGCCGAGUGGAUCGUUGAGCUUCCAGAUGAUAAGGUAGAGCCCAUGACUACCAUACUCAACAUCAUCCACAGCCGAUUUGAGAGCCUAGAGUCCCUAAAAUCGCGAGACUCUAUACCGAGAUUGUACGAGCUAACUGUCUUGAGCGACAAGUACGAUCUGGCAAAGGUACUCCGGCCAUGGGCAAAGUCGUGGCUCCAGCCUCUGCGUGAUCAGUAUGCCUCCGGUUGGACGCUGGUUCGUAAGACGGAUUAUCCAUGGGUUCUCCAUAAACAGCUUUGGAUUGCUUGGGAGCUCGGUGAUCAAUGUCUGGUGGAAAACACCCUGAAAGAGAUGGUAUUUAAUUUGAAACAUUGGGAAUUCGACGGCCCUCAACCUCCUGGCCUCAUAGGUACUCGCCCCUUCCGGCCCCACUGCACCUUGUUCCCAUGUUAA